GGGAGUCGGCGGAGGAGCGUUAGCCCGGGGCGCUCACCCAUGAGGAGCAGGAAGCUCACAGGUGGAGUGCGAUCCUCAGCACGCCUUCGGGCCCGGAGUUACUCUUCAGCCAGCUUGGCCUCUGCCGAGGACAUUGCCAGCUCCACAUCUGCCAAGACAGCAUGUCUGGCUUCCUCAUCACACAAGACUACAGACAGACGCACUUCCAAAAAGUUCAAGUAUGACAAAGGUCACCUUGUAAAGGCAGAAUUACAGAAAGCUGACCCUAAAAGUGACAUUUCUUCUUUGCCAAAAGUGUCCCCUGCGUCCCCUUGUGAAAGUGAGCUUGCGGGGGACAGUGCAAAGGCUGCUGUCCCUGUGCCAGAGAGUGGAGAGCCUCCCCAGGGCUGCUCCCAGGCUGUGAGCAAGGAACCCUCAGCAAAGACUGAAGAUGGCUUGCCCACAGCAGAACCCAGCAGUGCUGCCGCAGCCCAGGACCCUGGUGACAGCUCUGCCAGACAGGCUGAGCCUGUGCCCAGGACAGAGGAGGAGCGGGCACCUGUGCUUCAGAUGGAUAGCAGCAUCUUUCUCGAUGAUGACAGCAACCAGCCCAUGCCUGUGAGUCGCUUCUUCGGGAAUGUAGAGCUUAUGCAGGAUCUGCCACCAGCCUCUUCAUCUUGUCCUUCCAUGAGCAGACGAGAAUUCAGAAAAAUGCAUUUUAGGGCCAAAGAUGAUGAGGACGAGGAUGAUGCAGAGAUGUAGACUGGUGUCCUCACCUGCUUAGUAGUUCCCUUGAACGGCGCAGCGAGUAUUAAGAUUCCCAUAUGGCAUCUCCAAGAGAACAUGUUCUUAACUGACCACAACUGACAUGAACAUAACCAGUGCAAACAUUGGGCUCCUGUGGAAGGGUCCCUCAUGAC